AUGUUAGGAGAAUGGCAGGCAUCUGGUGUUAAGAUCGAUUCAUCGUGUAAGCAGGCCUAUGAUGAUUUACAUAACAGGCAUUUGCACUCGUUUAUAAUAUUUCGGAUUUCCGAUGACGAUACAACUAUAAUAGUGGACAAAGUUGGACCAAAAGGCGCACCGUACUCAGAAUUCGUUGAAGAGAUUCGAAAAAGUGUGGGUAACGGGAAAGAAUGUCGCUAUGCCGCCGUAGAUGUUGAAGUUCAAGUGCAGCGCCAGGGUACUGACGCUGCGUCAAGGCUUUCUAAAGUUGUCUUCAUUCAGUAUUGCCCUGACGAUGCACCAGUACGCAGACGUAUGCUUUACGCAUCUUCGGUUCGGGCGUUGAAAGCAACGUUGGGUCUCGAAAGCUUAAUGCAGGUUCAAGCCAGCGACUUUUCUGAUAUCGACGAGAAGGCAAUCAAACACGAGCUGAUGAGCCAUCAACGCACCUAA